GUCGGUCGUCCAGUCUCUGUCGGUGCCAUGGCUGAUCCAAGCUGGUGGAAGCUGACCUUCUCUCGCAAGAAGAAAUCCGAAUCCAAGGUCCUGUACGAGAUCCCGGCAGACCACGGAAGCAACACCGUAAACAAAGAGCACUCGAUCAACAACCCCCCUCCGGACAACAUGGACAGCCAGUUCAACGCCAGGCUGGAGAAGAUUGUGGACAAAUCUGCCACAAAGGGCCGCCACGUCAAGGUGUCCCACUCUGGACGCUUCAAGGAGAAGAAGAAGGUCCGUGCCACGCUGGCCGAAAACCCGAGUCUGUUCGCAGAGCACAGCCUCAGCGGCGAGAACCAUAAAAAGAAGGCAAAUGACAAAUAGCGCAAAAACAUGCUUGAUCACAGGUGUCAUAUGAAAUAAAGCUUAGAUGAAGGAUUAAAUACACA